GUGUGUGUGUGUGUGCGCGCGCGUGUGUGUCUUCCCCCUCCUGUGUCCUCCUGAAAUAUGUAUGACAUUUAACGAGACAGCAAAAUCACUGUGAGUGUCAGCAGGCCAUCACAGGUAAUGUAAUAAGAUCUACCCUAGUAGACUUGAUAGUGCUGGUUAAGCUCAGCAGGGUCAUUUGCAGGCCUCACAUGUAAAUCAAGGAAGGUGGUAAAGUGAAGAGAUCUGUCCCAGUUCAACACAAAAUAUGUUUUGUAGUAUUUUUAGAUUAUAAAUGUGCAACAGCAGAGUUUUAUGCAGCUGUUUUGAAUUCUGUAAAAUCACCAGUGCCCUACUAUACCCAGCUUCUACCUCCUGCAUCUGCUCUUCUUGUCACUCAAAAUUAAACUAAAAACUGCCAGAGCACUUCCGCAGCACACUUUCUUCUGUGAAGAAGAAAAACAUCCCUCUUGACUCAGCUGGAGUCCUGCUUCACAGAGCCCUGGUGUGGCUUGCAGAUAAGGGUUGAUGACAUGUCCUGUAUUUACUACAAGUGAAGUAAACCAGUUCUUCAAGUCCCAGCUGAUCUAUAACCCUGGUUGCUCAUAAACUGUCUUCAGAUUACUCUGUGGACUACAGUCAGAGAGGAGUACUUCUCCUUAUUAUCAGAGUGCACUUUCUGGAACAGAACAACCACAGCUUUAAAAGCAGUGUCCCGCCAACAGGAACCUACCAUGGCGUUGCGCCCACGAGCUUCCUCUCAACCUGGGAAACUUUCUUUCCUCCAGAGUCCCAAGGUAGCUUUAGCCCUUCGGCCGCGGGCUGUUUCCUCGCGCUCAGGCUCCAUGCUGGAAGAGGAACUGUCCUGUCCUGUUUGCUGUGAGAUCUUCAAGGAACCUGUGGUGCUCAAGUGCAGCCACAGCUUCUGCCGGGCCUGCCUGCAGCAGUUCUGGAACAAGAAGAAAGCCAGGCGCGAGUGUCCCGUCUGCAGGAGGAAAUGCUCCCUGACAGAGCCCACGGUCAGCCUGGCCCUGAAGAACGUGGCCGACACCUUCCUGAAGGAGCAGGAGCGCAAGACGUCCCCAGCUGGGACGGUGGCCGGGUGGACAGGGGAGGAAGCAGGGAUGGUGGAGGUGAAGUGCACCACACACGAGGAGGUUCUCAAACUCUUCUGUCUAGAUGACUUUGAAGUCUUGUGCUGUGUGUGUCACACCUCCAAGAAGCACCAAGGACACAGAGUGUGUCCCUUAGAAGAGGGAGCGCAGGACCUCAAGGCAGAGCUGAAGAAAGAGCUGAUUCCUCUGAAGAAGAACCUGCGUCACCUGUAUGAGGCCAAGCAGGAGUGUGAUGACACAACUGUCCACAUCAAGAACCAGACUCAGGCCACAGAGAAGGAGAUCAAGGAGGAGUUUGAGCAGCUCCGUGAGUUUCUGCAGAGGGAGGAGGCGGCCCGACUGGCCUCUCUGCAGCAGGAGGACGAGGAGAAGAGGGAGCUGGUGAAGAAGAAGUCCGACAGCAUCACCAGAGACAUCCUCACCUUCUCUCACGCCGUCAUUGCCAUUGAGAACGAGAUCGCGUCCAGUGAUGCUCUCUUCCUUCAGAAUUAUGCUAAUACGAAGAAAAGGGCACAGAUCCCACAGAAGGAUCCAGAAAAAGUGUCAGGUGCUCUUAUGAAUGUGGCCAAACACGUCAGUUCCCUCAAGUACCACGUGUGGGAGAAGAUGGUGGAGCUGGUUCAGUACACACCCAUCACCCUGGACCCCAACACUGCCUACUCUUGGUUGUCUCUCUCCUCAGACCUGACCAGUGUGGCCAACAGCGGAUCCCUGAAGCAGCUCCCGGACAAUCCUGAACGUUUUGGCCACUUUGUGUUCGUGCUGGGCUCAGAGGGCUUCACCUCGGGCCGCCACGCCUGGGAAGUGGACAUUGGCGACAAGGUGGACUGGAUGCUCGGGGUGGUCAAGGAGUCCAUCGACAGGAAAGGCCGCAUUUCUGGCUGUCCCGAGGGCGGCUUUUGGAUGAUCUCGCACUACGAGGGCGAGUACUCGGCCAUGACGAGACCCAGCACCCCGCUUCACCCGGAGGGGGAGCUGACCCGAGUCCGGGUGCAGCUGGACUACGACUCCGGAGAGGUGAUCUUCUCCAACCCGGUCAGCAUGACGCCCAUCUACACCUUCAACGACUUCUUCACUGAGAAGAUGUACCCCUUCUUCUGCCCCGGAGCCAACAUCAAUGGGAAUAACCCCAAACCCCUCAAGAUCUGCCCCGUCAAAGUGGCUGUGUGGAACAGUGCGACGUGGUGAUUUGAGAAAACCUUAUAGAGAACAUAAAUGCAUGAGUAUCAAAUCGUUUAAGCAGAUGAUGUCGGUGUGUAAAAUAAGCAUCGACUGAGUGAUUAGAACAAUAAUUGGCUUAUUUCACAGGGGUUCAUUUAGUGAUUGACUGCAGUUAACGAAGCACAAAGCAGCUGUUUAAAGCUUCCAGGGGAUGGACCUGCCUUUAUAAUCCACAAGGGCUCCAUCUGCUUCUCAGUCAGGGAGGCCAUCAAGCUCAGCAUCCCCUGCACACACUCUCCUGAGCAUCAAUCUCCCCCUGGUGGUCACAAACACACAACUAUGAAGACUCGCACAGGACUCGAAUUCAUCUCACUGUUAGUUAAAAAACUAAGAAGCAUAUAAAAAGCGGUGGCAAAGCAAGGUCAUGGGAGAAUUAUGAGUGCAAAGACACAGCAAAGUCUAAAGGCUUAAAACCAACUUGAAACUAAAUGCAAGAGUAAAAAAAGCCAGUCCUGCAUUACAUGUCCAUUUUAUGCCGAUCAAUAUUCUAAUGCAGCUUUCAAGUGUCUGCAUGAGCGCCCGUUUAUUUCACAAAGCAGAAUAAGAAAAUUAGGUAGAUACUGGAGGCUGUAAUCCUGUGAUCCUGGUGGACUGGAUUUGAAGAUGACAUUUUAUGACUGUGAUUCUGGCACAUAUAUUGCAGCUGUUUCUUUGCUAUUUUCAGAAAUCACAAAGUCACUGCAUAAACAUUUAACCAUUGUGUGUGAAAUAUGAAAUCAUACAACAUGACGUCAAUAUUGUGCUUCUCAGUUAAUAAAGUAAACAUUCAGAGUCAA